AUGGUGUCGGUGAACCUUCCAUAAUUAGUGGAAGAGAUCCUAUGUAGGGUUCCACCUCAAUCUCUUGUUCGAUUCAGAACCGUAUGUAAGCAAUGGAAUUCUCUUUUUGACGACAAGAAGUUUGUGAACGAUCAGUUGGCUCGAUCACAACCACAAUUCAUCUUCCGGACUGAUGAUUCUAAGAUUUAUUCGGUAGCCGUUGAUUUCAACGGUCCACGGAUAGAGGUCCAUGAGUUAACCUUAGACAUUCCUGGUUUGAAAUGUGACAUGCCAGUAUGGAUGUUCGACUAUGUACAUUGUGAUGGCUUGUUGUUUUGUAGGUUCCAGUUUAGAGGGCUCCUGAUUUGGUUACCCAUGUUGAGACAAACUAAACGGUACGGAUCCCAACAUAGUUAUCCAACUGCCCAAUAUGACAUAGGUUAUGAUAACAAGAAACGAUACAAGAUGUUGGAUUAUAAUUAUGAAUUUGAUCCAUCAAUAAAAUCUUGGAUUUAUGAGAUUGGGUUAUAUUCAAAGAAAGUCAAAGAUUUCGGGUCUGAUAGUACAUGGUCAGCUAUCCAAUCAAAUAGCGUAUCUCUGAAUGGAACUUUGUAUUGGGCUGGUGUAGAUGUAAACAAUGGUGUUUUCAUUAGAAGCUUCAGUUUUUCAACAGAGAGACGAACGACUGUUUGCCAUCUACCGUUUAAGUACGAUGACGACAAUGUUCUAUCCCUUGCGGUUUUUAGGAAAGAUCGUCUUUCAUUGCUAAAGUUAUGCAAUAAAACAUCAAAGAUAAAUAUUUGGUUGACAAAGAACAAUAUUAAUAAUAGGGAGGUAGGAUUAGAAGAGGCCGUGGUGUGGAUAAAACUCAUGACAGUGUUAAUACCUAACUUCCCUAAAUUUUCGUUUUUUUGGUAUAAUCGUCCUGACCUAACUUACUUUCUAGACAACAGCGAUGCUAAGAGGCUCGUCAUCUGUUGUUAUGAUGAAACUAAGCAGGCUUAUAUCUACAUCAUAAAAGGAAAUAUGUUGAAAAAAUUCAAAAUAGAUCAGUUUGAAGUUCUACCUUGUCAAACUUGUCCUUAUCUCCAUACUUAUAUCCCCAGUUUGGUUCGGCCUUUAUGGGUCAAAGAGGACAACAAAAAUUAA